AUGGCUUAUUUAAAAAAGUUGUUUCUUAUUCUAUUUUGUGUUCGUCUACCUAAUAAGGUGAAUAAGUAUAUAAAAAAUAUAUCUCUAGCUGAAAAGCAACAGAAGGAAGAGACUAACCCAAAUGAACAACAACAGACUUAUAGUAUAAUUAAUCUUCUAGAUGAAUUAGAUCUUUUGUCUAUAUCAAAUUUGGAUGAACUCGAAAAACGAAGAAAGGAAACAGCUCAAGGGAUGCAGUUGUUGGGAAAUAUUGAUUUAGGAUAUGGAAAAUUAGGGGAAGGAACAGAUUAUGAAAACUUACAGAAAGAAUUAGGAGACAAAUAUUUUGGUGUUCAAAAACCAGGAUAUGGACAUAUUGAACAUGAAGAAUUAAGUCAUAAGAAAAUAAAGGAGGAAAAUAUACAACAUGAUUUAUUAAAAACAAUAAAAGAUGAAGGAGAAAUGUUUAAAGAAACUGAAAGAAAGGAUAACGUAAAUAUAUUGAGGACUUUUGGAAGGGCAGAUUAUGAAAUGUGGCCUACUUCUAGUUUAGGACACUAUGGCUUAUAUGAUUCUUCGAGAUUAGGAACCCAUGAAUUAUUAGAACGCCCUUUAUGGGGAAACUAUGAUUUAUUUGGAUGUUCUCAAAGAAAAUAUGAAGAAGAAGAGAAAUUAGUAGGAGCGGAUCGAGGAAGAAAUGUGGAUGAAAAAGUACUAAGAGAGGCUAGAAGAAAAUAUGAAGACGAAGAAAAAUUAAUAGGAUCUGCUCGAGGAAGAAAUGUGCAUGAAAAAGUACUAGGAAAAGCUAGAGGAAAAUAUGAAGAAGAAGAAGAAGAAUUUCUAGGAGCAGUUGGAGGAAAAUAUGAAGAAGAAGAAAAAGUACUAGGAGCAGUUGGAGGAAGAGAAGAACAAAAAGAAAGAGCAUAUAAAAACGUAAAAUAUAAAUAUUCAAAAUAUGGUGAUGAUAGUUAUAAAGGAAAAUAUGAAGAGAAACGAGAUGAAAUAUCUUUUAUACCGCGUUUUAGAACAUGGAGAUCUAGAAGUAGAGGUGAAGGACAUUCAACUGAUAAUGUAAUGCCUAUUUCUGAUUCAUCUAAAGGAGCUAUUCCAAAACAAGAUAGAAGUGUAAAACAUAAUAAAAAAGAUCACGAAUAUAUUCCAGAAGAUCUAGAAGAAGAAUAUGAAGAAGAAGAUGAAGAUGACGAGGAAGAACAAAAAAAAAGAGUUAGAAAGAAUAGAGAUUUAGGGAAAAAAGACAUAUAUAAAUUUGAAGAAAGUUUAUCUUAUAUUGUUAAUGAUACAUCAGUAGAAAUAAGUAGCGAUGAUGUGGAUGAGUUUAGAAAUGUAAUUAUAACAAGUAAAGAUAUUAAUCAAAAAUUUCAUUUUACUUUGAUUGAGGAAUAUUUAGGUUUGGGCAUAAGUAAAAAAGAUGAUAUUCAAAGAAUGUGUUGUAAAUAUCCUUUAUAUAAGGGUGAAAAGAUUAAUUUUAAAGAUCUUCGUAAUCCUUUUCGAAUUGAACAUCCAUAUUUAAAAGAAAUGGAAAGUAUAUAUGCAUGUGAAAUGUUAUUUUUUGAUGAUUUUCUAUGUGUAGAUUUAAGUAGUUUUUUAAGUGAACAUAAGGUAGGGAAUUUAACAUUACAAAAAAUUAUUAAAAUAUUUAGGGAAGAAGGGAUAAAAUAUUUAUAUUUUAGUGAAGAUACUUUGAAGUAUGUUAAUUAUAAUUAUCCUGACUUUAACUUAUAUAAAUUUUUGAAUUUAUAUAAGAAAAAUUAUUUUGAUAGGGAUGAGCAUGAUAUUUGUGAUUUUUCAACUGAUGAAUUUCCAUUAAUAAAAGAAAAUAACAAGAGAACUAGGGCAAUUUUAUUAGAUUUGAGAAGAAGAAGUCUUAUUCGUAGUUUAACAAGAGGUGAAAAACAACUAUUAAAAAGUAUAAUAUAUGAAGAAAAAAAAACAUUUUCUUUAAUAAGAAAAAUAUUAGGUAAUUUUACAUUAAUAAUAAAUAAAAUUCGUAGGGAUUAUAGUAAUGCAACAUAUAAUAUAUCAUCUAAUGGUACCUUAUUACCUCGAGAUGAAUAUUUAUUACAAAGCGCAUAUUAUAUCUUAAAUUAUUGUCUUUCUAUUGUAAAACCAUUUUAUGAUAAAAUAAUAAAGAAACAAAAAUAUAAUUAUAAAGAAAUAGCACGUUUAUCUGGAACUGUAAACAGUUUAAUAAAUAUUUUAGAAUUCAUUGAACACAAUAGUGCAUUGUAUAAUGAUUUGCUUGAUCGUUGUAAAUGUCUACAAAGUUUUUAUCCUCGUGUACAUUCUGAAGAAGGUUUGAUAAGUUUUUACCGUUAUGCUAUAGCAAAAAUUGAAAUAAUAGCUCUCGUUUUUGAUAUCAAUGUUAUAUUAACAAAAAUGCAUAAAUGUGAAAUGCUUGUAAAAGAAUAUGAAAGGUAUACAUUUCCUUCAUAUCAUAAAUUAUUAACAAACACCGAAAUUCUAUUAAAUGAUGCUGAAAGGAUAUUAUUUGAAAACAAUUAA